CCUGUGAGCAGAAAACCUUCGGCUGUUGCUUCGGUUCUUUUCGUCUCACACUCGGUUGGAUUUACGAACUGAGCUCCUGUGUGUGAGUGUGUUCGGACUAAAAAACCGUCGGUACCGGAGCCGUUGCUAGCCCUCUCAGUUUCCGGUUGUAGAAGAUGAACGGUAAGUCUGCCAACGGUUCCGUGGGGGGUAUGGCCUGCAUCGAGGGGCUCCCCCCGCUGCCCAAGAGCCUGAGCGGGCUGUUGAACUCCAGCGGCGGCUCCUGGAGGGACAUGGAGCGGAUGUACGUGAAGAAGACCAUGAUCCAGGACGACCUGAGCCGGGGCCGGAACAACAGCGACAGCCUGCUGGCCACCAAGCCGGCCAACCUGGACGCAGCCCUGGCGCUUCUGCGGAAGGAGAUGGUGGGUUUGCGUCAGCAGGACAUGUCUCUGCUGUGUCAGCUCUGGUCCCUCCACGAGUCCAUCCAGGAGUACAAGGGCAGCUGCCAGGACCUGAGCGCCGCCUCCAGCCUCAGCAUGAUGGAGAACGGCUACUUCGACGAGGACGACGAGUUCUACCCGGAGCCCGGCGUGACGCCCACCGGGGAGCAGCCGGAGGGGGGCGUCGGAGGCGGAGCCACGGCCAAGAACGGGAGCAUGGGCGGUAAAGACGACAGCUGGGACUCCUUUCACGUCACCAUCUGAGGUCGGGGCCGGUGUUUUGUCUACAGAUGGAUGUGUAUUUUGGGAGGAAAAGGGGGACGUUUGCCCACAGGAUCGGAUCCGGUCGGUUCCAGAUGGACGGUUCUGGUUCCUUUUUGACCAUAAUGGACUAAAAACAUGAAGCUCCAGUUCAACUUCAGCUCCUCAGGUCAAACACAUCCUGCUUGUGCUGCAGAAAGGCUUUUUUUUGCAGUGUGACCAGGUGCUUUAUCAGCGGCUGGAUGUUUUGACGGUGUGUCGCCAACACCCGGUGAAACUCAGGAGUUGAAACGGUGCAUUCAAAGACUCCAUGUGCUCAACAUUAGGCAAUAUAUACUUUUCUUUUUAUAACCAGCUCUGCUGCUGCUUCUAUAUCAAGUGGUUUUGCUAGCCAGUCACAUUUUUUGGCCGAACUUUUCUACAUAUAAAUAUAUGAACAAAGUUUUAUUAUUUAUUAUAUAUUAUAAAUAUCAAGAUAUUUGCUUUUCUUUUACUCUCUGAAAGUUUUGUCCUGUGACCCGGGUUCAAGGGUGCAGCAGUUACAGGGUAAGGAUUCCAAAAAUGGAAACUUUACAAGACAAGAUGGGAUUUCUGGACUCUGGAGACGGUGUGUGUGUUAAAUUAUCCAUAGACAUGAAUCCAGAGGGUCUGGACGAAGAGCUGAAGUCUUCAUCCCUGUUUACGGUGGAAAAAUGCUUGAGUGCAGAGUGAUGUCAGUGUACAAGGCGAAGGCUUCAACUUCUUUAUUUUAUUUUUUUUGCCUUUUUUAGUUCAAGUGGAGCAGAUUUAUCGCUCUGAAAUGUGAAAUACUCAAAAUGCUGGACACGUUGAACCUCGAGGCCCUGUUUACGCAGCUACAGAUGGCAUGUUUUCCUGAAUAUUUCCAGGCCGCCGCUGCUCAGAAACGCUACGAGCAACUCUGAUGUGUCAGCGUUACGCCGCCGCGGAGGGGCUCGGAUUAUAUUCUUAUAAUAGAAUGUGAGAAAACAGUUUGGUAUACGUAGCAAUUCCAGUCUAUUCUAGGUCUCCUUUUGCAGUUUUGUAGCUUCAGUCCAUAAACCUAUCGAUAAUAA